UCCCUAGAGUAAAUAUGUUCCUUGGUUUAAAUUCUCUUUGCUUGAAUCUUGGUUGAUUAUUUUUAUCAUUGAUACAAUUUUAUGUAGUUGUAGUUAGUACUAAUAAUAUUCUAGUAAUUUCAUAACUCGAAGUCGUACUAAGAACUUAAUAAUAAUAUACAUAUCCUAAAUGAUUUAGUGUUAAAUGUUUGUCACUUAAAGAAUUUUCCAUUCUUUUCAUUGUUUUUGAGCUCCUUAUAGGCAUAAACUACAUUUAUUGUUAUGAAAUAUAUGCAGAAUUACUAAUGACUGCGGAAAAAAAUUAAGAAGUAACAAUACAUAAAACAAAUACAUACUUACAUAUUUAAAUAUGGAUAAUGGACAAAUCAUCAUGGAUCCAAUUGCCGAUCAUUUAUAUCCAGCAUUAUUUCAGUGUUUUACUAUCAUUUUUUGUGGAUAUAUAGCAGGUCGACUUAAUGUGGUCUCAAAGUUGGAAUCUAAAGGAAUAGCUACAUUUGUGGGAACUUUUGCACUACCUUCAUUGAUAUUUCUAUCAUUAGCACAACUGGAUUUUAGUACAGUGAAUUGGUCGUUUCUCUUGGCAAUUCUUUUAGCCAAGGGCCUUGUAUUUUUUGGAGUUUUGCUUGUUACUCUUCUUGUAUCAAAACCUCCCAAUUUUGGUCAAGCUGGUAUGUUUGCAAUAUUUUGUACACAGAGUAAUGAUUUCGCAUUGGGAUAUCCAAUAAUUAAUGCGUUAUAUGAGAAAACACAUCCAGAAUAUGCAUUGUACCUGUAUCUAAUGGCUCCAAUAUCACUUGCUAUACUUAACCCAGUUGCAUUUGUUUUGAUGGAAUUAAAUAAGCAGAGGGAGAUAUUAAGAACAUCCCAAGAUCAAACCCAGAUGAGAGAAACAAGUAAAGCUAAAAUGCUUUACCAAAUAUUUCAAGGCAUUCUGUUCAAUCCACUGUUAAUGAUGACUGUGCUGGGCAUUAUUGGAAAUAUAGUGUUUAAACACAAGCUUUCUAUUUACAUAGAAGGUUUACUUGAUGUUUUUGGUCAAUCAUUCUCGGCAUCAGCAUUAUUCUUGUUAGGUUUACGGAUGGUCGGGCAAAUUACAAGACUUCGAGGUCCAGCUCUUAUACUACCCUGUGUCUUGAUCAUGGUGAAAUUGAUAAUACUGCCAGUGGUGAUGCGGGAAUUUGUGAGUGGAUUAGAUGCUGGUGAGAAUGACACAGACACUCAGUCACUAUCAACAUAUGCCUUCUUGUAUGGAACAAUACCGACUGCACCAGCCGUCUUUGUAUUUUCCAACUUGUAUCAGUUGGAAAUAGAUCUCAUGGCAUCAUCAAUGGUUAUAUGUACAUUUGUAUCUGCACCGAUAAUAUUCCUCUCAGCUCAAGUUAUAACCAUGAAUAAGGACUUUGCUGAUCAGAUAAGAAGCUUUGGUUUUGGCCUCUCUAUAUUUGCUCUGUUUUCUGCAAUUUGGGUGUUGAUCGUGUUUACCGUCACAAAGAAGUACAAAAGAGUGCCUCAUAGACUGACAUAUUGCUUAGUGUUAUCACAGAUAUUGUUAGCCAUAAGUGCAAUAUGGGGUGGACCGGACAAGAGCUACAUUCCCUCAUGGAACCACUCCCUGCAACAAUCAUUACAAAUGUUUAGCAUCUAUUCCUGUCUUUUGUGGACAGCCAUGCUGUCUGUUGGGUUGUUUAUGUUAGAGAGUCGGGGUCCCUGCUUCGUGCUGACUGUGUGGCCGGUAUUCGCUUUGGUGUCAUGGGUCGCUCCCGCCGUCAUGGUAGCCUCACUGUUCCUCACCCAGCGGUCUGGCAGCCUCAGCAUAGACGCGUGCGACUUGCUACGACUCUGUCUGCUGUUCUUCUGUCUCACAGUGACGACAGGGAGUUUGAUCCUAUACAUCCGGUUCCGGCGUCGCAGCGCUCAGUUCGCAAGCCUGGCGGCGGACAUUGCCGACUCCAACGAGGCCUCCACUCUGGUGAACCCUGAUCGUACGUCACACACACACUCUGUGUCUAACUACGACAUGGAAGAUGAAGGUUGCUAUGGAGCAAUAACAGCAACGCCAUCACCUAUCCGAAACCCCGAAUGCUGCACCGACGACCCCGACUGUGGUAAUGGACAUAUUGCUUCACAAAAUGAUUUGGAAGAUAUAGUUGAGGAGAACAGAGAAUGCGCGUGUCCGGAAUCUCAGCGGUUUCGUUGCAGUUCCGCCCCCGGCUGCCAGUACCUGAGUGAGUUGGAGCGAGCGGCUAGUUCGUUGGGUCUCCUGCCGCCGGAACAGAGUCGCGGGCGUGGUUGCCAGCUGCUCAAACACACUGUGCUCAUCAUAGCCUACAGCCUGACCAUGUUCAUAGGCGUGGCGCUAACGAUGUGGCGAGUCCUCCGUAAGGACGAGUCGGGCGUGUUCAUUGAACUACAGUUCCUGGACACGGCGGUGUUGUACGGGCAGCCGCUCGUGAUGUUGGUACUGUUCGGACUGAACCCCGACGAGAUACUGAUACCAGCCGUGCGCUACUUUCAGAGGAAAUGGCACGGAGGAGACAGCGUGGUGCUGCCACAGGUGGAGGACCUCAGCUUCGAGACCAAACACGUUUGUGAUCAGUUCAUAACGCACCAUCUGGAACGAUGCAAGCAAUCCAUAGUUAAAGACACCAGAUGGCGCAUGCGCACGUACCGCGGCGUGUUCCGCGGGGCGAGCCUGGUGCGAUGGCUGGUCGCGUGCGGGCUGGCGUCGGACGCGGCCGCCGCCGUGGUGUACGGGCGACACCUGGUGGACGGGAGGCUCAUCGCGCACGUUCACAACCAACACCACUUCACCGACUCGCCGCUGCUCUACCGUUUUACAUAAUCCAGAAUAGCGCUCUUUCACCUUAUUCCUUACGUUAACAAGGCCAAGAGUUUUUUUAUGUACACCCACGCUAGAACUUGUCUACAAAAAGUCAUUCUUUUGAGUGGGUACAGAAUUGGUAACUUUUAAAUUACUAGUCUUACAGCGAUAUCGCCCUAAUUGUGGAAAAUAAAUUAUAGUUCAACCGCGAACAUUUCCUCAAAUUUGCAAAUGUGUAAAAAAAAUUAUGAUUAAUCGAACCCGUUUCUAGUCUAGAUCAAAUCAUGAAAUAAAAUUAUUCAUUUGGCGGUACCUACCUAUUUAUGAAUAAUUUAGAAAUAUAAUAAUCUCAUUCACGGCUUACCGCUUGUAAUUUUGAAGAAGCUUUGUAUGACCUUAGUUUUGCUUUAGUUAUCGAUCAAUGUUACUCGACUUAGAGAUUGUUCUUGCCAUACUAGUAGGUCUGGGUACUCCCACUAUUAAAUGUUAUAAAGUACUUCAACAAAACGUGUGUGAAAUGUAAUAAGUAUUAUAAUUUUUAUAAGACAGUAAAAUGUGAUAGGGGUUAUCGCAUUACGGUAUGUUUUAGGUCCUCCCGUGACGGGCUAUGUUAGAUCAAACUUAUCAGAAAAAGGACUAAUUAGCCCUUUGUUAGUUAGUAAAUAUAAUAUCCUAAGAUAAUGAGGUCGCAAAUGUAACAUUACAAAUACUUGGAAGGUACGCCAAAAACGUUCUAAUAUUUUUGGUAAAUGAUAUCACCAGAUACAAUGUGUACGUGUGUUUGUGCACUUGUAACUGUGUGUUGUGUUUGCUUGGUGCUCAUUUUUUUUUUUCUAAAAUAAUAUCUCAGGCCUUAGCAGAGUGGGCCGAAGAUUUUUAUUAAAAAUUUGGUUUGUAGUCACUUAUUCACGUCAAAAUAUACCACCUAUUUAAAAGUCACGUCAGGCCUGUAAGUAAAGAGCGCAAGAAAGUCAUGUGUCCUGGUUUAGGUACUGUGUUUUAGAGCGGGCUAGCGACAGUCUAGACUUUUGUAACUUUAUGAAUGGCUUGGCCAUUUUAUUUUAUCUUUUCACCAAUCCAUUGGGAACAAAUUCUCACUAGGUUAAAUUUCUCACUUUUGUUUUACUUUAUAGCGAGUAUGAUUAAAUUUCCAUUAUAUACAAGACUUAUACACGUAGAUCUUAAAGACUUGAUAAUAGUUUAGUAAUCAUAGUAUCGUUAAGAUUUAAUUUAUUUUAUGUACACCCGUGCUUUAAAUCCUCUAUAAAAUAUUCUGAAACAGUUAGCUUACUGCUUACAUUAAAAAAGCCAGUCCUAGUAACCAUUACAUCAUCCAAACGAGUGUUGUAAUGUUGUAUUGAAAUUCAUUACAACACUCGUUUGGAUGAUGUAAUGGUUACUAGGACAUUGGGUAUUUUAAUGUUAAGGAUUAUUGUUAUGGGUGUUAUGCAACUGUUGAUAAUUUGGUAUUAAAACACUCAUGUCAUCAAUCAAUCAUUCAUAAACCCACAUUCGUGUUUUAAUAUCCCUUAUUACACAACAGUUGCAUAAAUAACUUAUAAAGUGUGUCACAAUAUUUGUGUUUUUAACAAUAUUUCAUUUUUAGUUUUUAACAUUAUUUCAUGUAAGAAUAAAAAUAAAUUCAGACGACUUGUUGGCGGAUAUUGCAACCUAUAUAUACGAUUGAUCUUGGGCGGUAACAGAAUGUAAGUUAAUUUGCAGGUUAGGAGUCGCGUACAUUGUUAUAAUGAUAUUACUCUUCGCCGACACUUUAAAACUGAUUAUUCGUUGUUUAAGUCUGAUCUGCACUUAUCCCCUUGUGCUUUUCGCAUUCAUUGACACCGCUCAAGAUCUGCGCCAAGGCUGAUUAUGAAAAUAAAAAGUUGAUUUUUCAAAAGACCCUAUACUGGAUGGCCGAGAAGUUGACGUCCAAAGCUAAAAUUUGAAUUUGGCUCAUUUUAUUGGCCAAUGUUCUGGGAAGUUUUUAAAAAUAGUUAGAAGCCAUAGGCACCCCAUUUUUUUGAUACCUUGAACAUUUUCAAGAAUUUAGCUGGAGCAGUUAUGUUGAACUUACGACUCAAUUCUAAACUAGUUCGGCGUUGUCUAAACUAUUCAUAGUUUCUUAUGUGGUUAUUGCAACUGUAGUUAAUAAUUAUCAACAAUAAAAUUAACUAAAAGUAUUCAAAAAAAUUUGAAAAAAGUCCUAAGCCACAAUUAGGUGGAAAAAAACAAUUAUCUCCUGAUUUUGCGUAGUUUGGGAUUUACUUAGUGAUUUUGCAUAGGGGUGAUUCGGAUACUCAUCACCAUGAGGCUUUCAAAUUUUAGCUUUGGACGUCAACUGCUCGGCUACCCUGUAUAAUUUAUUGAUCGUCAGUUACACCACUAUGGAAACGAUAUUUGUAAUAAACUGAAACUUUUUAUAUCUUUAUUAUUAUAUUAAUAAAUAAAUCAAUUUCAGACACGAAUUCCAUAUUAUAUAGUUACCCCCUUAUUCAUAAUGGUCCGCUAACUUAAAACAGCCGCUAAGGAGUGUUUUUUCUCAUUCUGACUAAGGUCAAUAGAAGAAGACAGAGUGAGAAUUAGCAAUGCUUUAAGUUAGCAGACUAUUAUGAAUAAGGGAGUUUGUAUUUAUGGGUUGUGUUAGUAACAAUUUUACUUAUACUAUGUUAGAACUGUUAGUUGUUUUUAUUUGUUAAGUACACAUAAUAUACAUUUCAUCAGCUCCGUGCCAAUCAUAAGCCAGUGCCUCUGUAUGGAACAGUCCGAGCUGACAGCAGUCAUGUUGAAUGCCGCUGUCACUGUUACGAUAUACGAAACUAAAAGAGUCCGUAAGCGCCAGCAUAACCUCAAAAUUACAAUAAUACGCCAUAUUUUGUUUGAAUUAAUAAUAGUCAAUGUAUGUAUAUAUUUAAAUAUUAACCGACCUAUAGGUUACGUCUAUAUAUCGUACAGGUAGAAAUUAUUUAAUGGACGCUUGGUAGGGUACGUAAUACGUAUGGCCUGUUCAAUAAAUAAUAAAGCAUCACGGUACUGUUAGAUAAGUCGUAUUUAAAUGUUGAUUAAAACAUCAAUGACUCUGUUUUAAGUAUCAAAGUUAGUGAAGAUUUACCCCCUUAUUCAUUCAUAAUGUUCAUAAUAGUCUACUAACUUAAAACAUUGCUAAUUCUCACUCUGUCUUCAUCUAUUGACCUGAGUCAGAAUGAGAAAAAACACUCCUAAGCGGCUGUUUAAAGUUAGCGGACCAUUAUGAAUAAGGGGGUAAGUAUUUUACAAUGUACUUACAUAACUUAACAAUGUGGAACACAAAGGAAGGUCUAGUUACCAUCUCCUUAACUCUCAAUAGCCGUGAAAUCAAAAUAUUCACCAAAUGUCAGCUUGCAGUAAUGUAUAAACGUGUUAUUCUGAACGUCAUUUGUUUAAAAAAUAUAUUUUAAAGUUAUAAUAAAGUUUGACAGGAAUUGUCAUAGCAGUGUUGAAUUGAUUAAUAUGGUGAUUAAGGCGAAGAGUAAGCAGAAAACAAGCAAACAUGGUGUUUUUAGACAAGUUUUGUGGUGAAAGUAUAGCAUUUCGAGCUUUGAACACUACUUAAUCCUGUUACACAUAUCCUUAAGUCUUAUUUGUAGGUUACUAAUGCUCGCUGUUGGUUAUAGUUAACACUGCCGAGCCUUUUUGAACUACCACUUUUCUUUAAGUUAAACAAGUUUUUUGGCAUGGCGUGACGCAUUUUUUUGGUACUUCUCUCAGAAAAGUUAUUCUUAUAGCUUGUACUUUUUUGUGUAGGUUAAUUUAUUCAGAUUAGUAGUGAAUAACGAGGAUUGUAAGCAUAUAAACUGUUUUCCACGCAAGAAUUUUGAAAAUAUUGGCUUAUUAUUAGGGCUUUGUUACAUAGAUGGCGGGCCGGCAGCCGUGAACUCAUAUCGCUCAAGGUCGAUGGCAUUUAGUGUCGCCUUAAGCGACUUAUCUGUUUAAGAUAGUCUUUGAUGUUGAAUGGCGCCGCGAUUGUGAAAUUAUUGGGCGGCGACAGUCACACGCGCUAAAAUCUUGUUUGAUUACUGGGCUACUGAAACAUAAGGCGUGACAAAACCGGGAAGGAAUCGCGCUUCAGUAUCUACCAGGUAUCAAAGAGUAGGUAAAGUAGGUACUUAGGCGCGGAAUAUAUUUUUUUUAUUUGUGAUUAAAUAAAUCAAAUAAGUGAAAAUAUAGUUUGUUAGUGAAAUGUUUUGUACUGCUAUUGAUCUGCUAACUAUGCAACUAACUGGAGACAUAUAAUAUUGUAGUGUAAGACUGAAUAAAAAAUAUGAGAAUCGUGUUUCUGCUCUUGUUCUAUUCUGAAGAAUAGUUAGCAGAUCACAGCAAUGGAAAGAUCGAUUCUAAACAGUUUAUUUUAGUAUCACUGGUAGCACUAACUGUAUGUCCGGGACACUACUGCCACACCUAUUGUGCCAUACAUUAGCGUGAACUAGUGUUGUACUCCGAUAUAUCGACCUUAUAACCCGUAAACAUCUUAUAAAGGGCAAACGUAUACUACAAGGUAUAACGCAGAUACGACAUUAACACAUAUCUUAUAUAAAUCCUCAGUAGCCAGUAGCGAUUGUGUCUGAUAUGUUGUGAUUAUGAGCUGACCAAUGAGCAUCCAAUACGCGUCCGCUCUCUCGGAUGGUUUAUUGAAUUGUUUGCAUUACAAUAAUAUUUAAACCAGUCUACCGGUUUAAAACGUCGAUGGAUUUAUAACAAGGACGAAAAUCGGUCGAUUGGUGUAGUUUGGCAUCCCACUUCACCAUUGGGCGAUCUGUAUGUCGUUAUUACUCGGGUGAUAUCGACACUGUUAUGGGCGGAUGAUGCUUAACAUCUGAAGAGUAAGAAAGAGUUGGCCUCAUUGAGUUACACAUUGUCAGCUCUCUAUAGUUCGAUAAAAAUAAAGCUAUAAUAAAGAGUUGGUAUUGUUUUUUGUUAUGUAUAUACAAUUGGCUAUCACUAAAUCAAUAUGAACUAUGUAUUUGAAACGGUUCAACUCACGUUAACACCGGUGUAAGCACACACCAGCUUCACACUAAUUCUUGCACUGAUGGUCUCCAACACGGACUCAUCUCACUCACCCUGAUGAAUGACCUCCGAUUGAUCCGACCAUGAGUUAAGCCGUUUCAAAUAUAUAAUUUGAUUAUAUCUCACGAGAGUUUUAAUAAUUUAAUUUAAUCAAUUGUAUCUAUUUUAAAAGUACAUUACAUGAAGUAGGCACUAAGUGAAUAAUUAUUGAUUUCUUUAAAUAUGUUAUAAAUCAAAUUAACAAAAUUAAGGUAGCAAGCCUACUACAAAAAUAUAUUUUAGUGAAAUGUUAUUGUAUUUUAAUGUUCAAAUGCAUUUGUUAAUGUGAUAUGAAAUGGCUGUUCAUUUUGUUUAUUAUAGCAUUAGGUAAUAAAAUUGUGCUUAAAAUAUAUGCAAGAAUGUAAUCGUUGUCGUUUGAAAUUGGUUAUUUAAAAAAUUAUAUUGUUGCAAGUGAAA